AUGACGAAUAACACUGCAGGGAGAAUUAGAUCAGGCAUGGAAGCAAAGCCACACUCCUGGCCUUGGCAAGUCUCAUUACAGGACAGGACCCUAAUCCACAAAUGCUGGGUUCUCACUGCAGCCCACUGCUUCCAGAAGGGAGAGAUGGAAGAUGUAUCCAGUGGGACAAUCCUCCUGGUAAAGCAUAAACUUAACCACGAUGAAUCCACACAGUGUAUCAUGUGCA